GUUCUUCAAAUUUCAGAACCAAAUUCCAAGUCUUCAUUCUUCCUUUGGUAUCAUUUUAUGAACCAUUUUAGUGAUCAUCAUGGCUGUUCUAUCUUAUGAAUCAGAGUUCAGUUCCUCUAUUCCUCCUUCUAGGCUGUUCAAGGCUUUUGUUCUUGAUGCAGACAACCUUUUUCCAAAGAUUGCUCCCAAUGCAGUUAAGUCUGUUGAAAUAAUUGAAGGAGAUGGAGGUGCUGGAACCAUCAAGAAGAUCACCUUCGGUGAAGGCAGCCACUUCAACUAUUCAAAGCAAAAGAUUGAAACAGUUGACAUAGACAACUUCGUCUACGCCUACAGUUUGAUCGAAGGAGAUGCCUUGACAGACAAACUUGAGAAAAUCUCUUACGAGACCAAGUUUAUAGCAGCUGAUGGAGGAUCAAUCAUCAAGACUGUCAGCAAAUACCACACCAAAAGCAAUGACCACGACAUCACAGAAGACAAAAUCAAGGCUGGGAAGGAAAAGGCUUCUCAUCUCUUCAAGGUUGUUGAGAAGUACCUUCAAGAGAAUCCUGAUGCCUACAACUAAAACAAGUUUUACCACUACAUGUUGUUCAUUGAAGUGUGGUUUCCUGUUGUUAUGCCCAUCAAUAUCUGGGCUUGUUUUUCUUCUCAGAAUUUUGUGGUGUGAACAUUUGUAUUUCUUUAUUAUGAUCAGAUAAGACAUUUGAUGAGUGAUAACCGAAUA